AUGCCAGCUCCUCUCGCCUUGACCGUGCCUGCGGCCGCGGCCGGGGCCGCAUAUCUUAACGCGCGGUUGUCCCUGUGGUACGACCUGCGCAUGUUCAACUCUAUCCUUCCUACCGUGACUCAGAUGUAUUGGCGCCAAUACAAUGGUCGAUUGAGUCUCUACUACGAUCUCGAAUCUCAGGCAUUGUCCAAGAAGUCCGCCGACCGGCCCUUCCUCCUAUUUGAAGAUAAGACCUACAGCUAUGCCCAGACCUAUGAGAUCGUACUGCGAUAUGGCAGCUGGCUCAAGGCAAAGUUUGACAUCAGAAAGGGGGAGAUUGUCGGAAUGGACUUCCCCAAUAGCGAUGUUUACGUCUUCGUCUGGCUCGGCCUAUGGGCUAUCGGCGCAAAGCCGGCUUUCAUGAACUACAACUUGACUGGCCAUGCCCUCGCACACUGCCUCAAGGCGGCAGGCUGCGCACUCUGUCUCGUUGACCACUCUGUUGCUCACAAUGUUGACGAACAUGUGCGCAAGGAGCUGCCAAACCUACACUUCCACAUCUUCUCUACCGACUGCGCUCAGCAGAUUGCAAAUACUGAGCCUAAACGCUUCCCGGACGACCUGCGCAAUGGCGAUAAGGUGGAGACAAUGGCUUUGCUCAUCUACACCUCUGGCACGACGGGCCUACCAAAGGCCGCCAUGGUGUCGUGGGGCAAACUACAUGCCGCAGGAGGCUUCUCGGCCCGGCUUAUUGGCACCAAGCCGGGCGAGGUAUACUAUAAUUGUAUGCCGCUCUAUCACUCAUCAGCAACGAUCAUGUGGUUCGCCAAUGUCUUGUUGCUUGGAGCUACCCUUGCCCUCGGUGCCAAGUUUUCCACCAAGACCUUUUGGCGUGAGGCACGGCGCUUCAAUGCGACUAUGAUCCUGUAUGUCGGCGAAACAUGCCGUUACCUGCUCGCUGCGCCUCCAGACAUCGAUCCCGCCACCGGCGAGAACCUGGACAAGAAACACCGGGUGCGGCUUGCUUACGGCAACGGGUUGCGGCCGGACGUCUGGAACAAGUUCAAAGAUCGCUUCGGGAUCGAUACCAUCACCGAGUUCUACGGCGCCACAGAAGGGUCCUUUGCAACUUGGAACUUGUCGAGAAACGACUUGACUAUGGGCGCAGUGGGGCGUAACGGGUCGCUAUAUAAUGUCCUUGUGGGCCUUAACGUUGGGCUCGUCGAGAUCGACUUCGAGACCGAUCUGCCGUUCCGCGACCCCAAGACUGGAUUCUGCCGGGAGGCAAAGAGCGGCGAGCCGGGCGAAUUCCUGUUUCGGCUUCCUGAUGAUGUAGAGAAGCGCUUUCAGGGAUACUACGGAAACAGGAAGGCGACCAGCGAGAAGGUCAUGCGCAAUGUGUUCAGAAAAGGCGAUGCCUGGUUCAGGACGGGCGACGUGAUGCGGAAGAUUGACGGACUGCUAUAUUUCAACGACCGCAUAGGUGAUACAUUCCGGUGGAAGGGCGAGAACGUCUCCACGGCAGAGGUCAGCCAGGUCAUCGGGCUACACCCUGCCGUUCGAGAGGCAAACGUCUAUGGAGUACAGCUCCCGCGCCAUGACGGGCGUAUUGGCUGCGCGGCCAUCGUGUUUGCUAGUGAGCCGGAUGAGGUAGUGCUGAGGAGUCUGGCAGACCAUGUGAGAGAGCGGUUACCGAAAUAUGCUCUCCCGGUCUACCUCAGGCUCAUGAAGGACACGGGCAUGCAAACGACGGGGACAAAUAAGCAACAGAAGCAUAACCUACGACAGGCGGGCGUCGAUCCGCAACAUACAGCCGGCGACGAUGUGUAUUGGCUGAGGGACGGUACAUAUGUGAGGUUUUCCCAAGAUGACUGGGAAGGUCUAAACAUAGGAAAGGUCAAGUUAUAG